UUGUUCCGAAACCUAUUCAUGGUCACUGCAGAACAGCUUAAUUUCAUGCAAUCUAUAACAUCGUAGCUCAGAAUCCGGCAUCUUCAAACCGAACAUGGCAUCCGUUCGAAUCUUCAGCACCUUCCUCGUCAUCAGUCUAGCCUGUUCAGUGGGUAUCUUGGCCCAGACACAACCCGAUCAACCUACAAAUGCUGCUCCACCGAAUCAACCGACACCUGCAGCUCCACCGAAUCAACCGACACCAGCUCCUUCUCCCGCCGCCAAACCUACCCCGGCUGCAAUCACCUCAGGGAGCAAGAGUGCUUCUUCCACGUCAGACUCUUCGGAAGAGGCUCCCGGUCCCGCUCCCCCUCCCAACCCAGCUCCGGCCCCGAAUCCAGCUCCGGCUCCAGGCCCUAAUCCGGCUCCCUGUCCGGCUCCAGGCCCUAAUCCGGCUCCCUGUCCGGCUCCAGGUCCCAAUCCAGCCCCAGCAUCAGCAGCUGGUCCCGUUCGGAUAGCACCCGCUCCCCUAGGCUCACACCUGAGAAGGAGCGACUCAUCAAGUGCGGCUGGCGUCGCUGUUGCCGUAUUAGCAGCCGUCGGAUUCAUCGCAGGAGCAGUCAUCUUCGCCGUCAAGAAGUACAGACACAAUUCUCCCGCCCUAUUGGAAGCCUAAGAAAUGCCACAUAUAUAUUAAGGAAAUUCUAAAGAUAGGAAAAUGCUAAUACUACAUGUAUCUCGUAAUUUUUGAAAUUCAAUAUCAGAGGAAAUGAAAUAAUUCUGAUAUAAUGUAAGCAUGAGUUAAAGCUCAGCUCUCAUUAUACGAAAUUUUCAUUAAAAAACAUAUAAGUUCAUAUAAAGUGAAUGGAUGGAAUGAUAACUUUCAAAAUCAUUAACUUUUCUGAACUAGAGUAGAAACUCAAGCUAUUACCUGAUUUUUGAGUGGCCCCUGCAAUACACUCCUAAAAACUUGCGUAGAUGUCGUUUGGCAACAGAGUUAGAAUUUGCCAAAACUAGGCCGAAGCAUAGUCAAGAAUAAUUGACCAAUUUGUGUACAGAAAAUGUUGCUCAACAUUCGGUCAUAUUCACACCUAUCUGUGGUCCCUUUGUUCAUUUUGGUCAUGAUGUUGGGCACACUUAACCAACAAGAUGAAUGUUGAUUAUUAUAUUGAGAAACACACAUAUUUAUUGUUCACCGGAUAAGCAUAAGAAACAGUUAGGUUAAGCAUUGGUUAAACAUUGACCAACAAGUUUGAUAGUGGGUUCUCAUACAGCACCCUAUUUCUGUCAGAUUUGACACUCAGCAUUUCAAGAUAAUGUGAUUGGAACUUAGAUAUAUUGGGUGCUGACGGUUGUUUACGUCCGUUUGACAUUUUCAAUAUAAUAAGC